UCGUUUUUAGUGUAUAUAGCCAGUCUAUGGACGGUCGAUGCGUGAAUAUAUUUCUAUGUCUAACAUAACCUCAAACUUGCCGCUGCAGUCGUCGGGGAAGUCGUCGUCGUCAUCAGCGUCAGCUUCAGUGUCAGCGUCAACUUUGUUGUUGUUGUUGUUCUCCUCCUCUGUGCAGAUUCUUCAGCAAGCGCAGCCAAACGAUUUGUUAAGCAGCCCCAAAAAAAAACACACUCUGUGGCUAUGAAUGAAAAAAUAAAAUCGCCCUCGGCUGGUGGUGUUGGUGGUGCUGCUAAUGCGGCCGCAACGGUUGCAGCGAGCGCUGCUGGUGGUGGUGGCGCUACACCGCCCACAUCGGGCCCGCCCACGCCAAACAACGGCAACGAUCCCAACAUACAACAACAGCAGCAACAACAACAACAAGGUGGCCCCUUGCCCCAUCCCUAUGGCGGGCCACCAGCGCCAGGUGCACCAAAUGAUCCGGCUGCCGCAGCCAUGUCCCACUAUCACCAUCUACAUCAACAGCAACAACAGCAGCAGCAGCAUCCACAAGGUCCACCAAUGCCACCACACAUGCAGCAUCAUGGUGGACCACCGCCACCGCCGCCACAAGGACCACUGCCGCUGCCGCCAGAGCAUGCGGCCGGUGUCAAGGAUGAAUAUGGAUCCUCGGGACAUUUGCCACCGCCACCACCGCAUGCACAUCCCGCCUAUGGGCGCUAUCACUCCGCCGAUCCCAAUAUGGAUCCCUAUCGCUAUCAGCCACCGCCUGGAGGCAAACCGCCGCACCAGCAGCAGCAACAACAACAGCCACAAGGUGGUGCACCGGGCGGGUCACCAAAUCGACCGCCGCCACAGCAACAGCAGCAACGCUAUAUACCGGGACAGCCGCCUCAGGGUCCAACGCCCACAUUGAAUUCACUGCUGCAAUCGUCGAAUCCGCCGCCUCCGCCGCAACAUCGCUAUGCCAACAACUACGACUCGCAACAGCAGGCGGCAAAUGCAGCUGCAGCAGCGGCAGCACAGCAGCAACCGGGUGGACCACCAGGUGGACCACCAAUUCCCGGCCAUGGUCCACCGCCGCCGCCGCCACAACAUCAGCCAUACGGUGCGCAACAGGGGGGCUGGGCACCACCACCAAGGCCCUACAGUCCACAGCUGGGCUCCACGUACAGGACACCGCCACCGUCAAAUACAUCCAGAGGUCAAUCACCAUAUCCGCCAGCUCACAGUCAAAACUCAGGUUCCUAUCCAAGUUCGCCCCAACAACAACAACAACAGCAGCAAGCCCAACAACAACAGCAGGCGGGACAACAGUCCGGUGGAGUUGGCGCACCCGGAGCGCCGGCGCCACCACCCGGCCCAACACAGCAACAACAACAGCAGCAGCAGCAAAACACACCGCCCACUUCUCAAUAUUCGCCGUACCCGCAAAGAUACCCAACACCACCAGGUCUACCGGCGACCGGGCCCAAUCAUCGAACUGCCUACACAACGCACCAGUAUCCCGAACCAAAUCGACCGUGGCCAGGCGGCUCAUCGCCAAGUCCUGGUCCCGGCCAUCCAUUGCCGCCUGCCUCACCGCACCAUGCACCGCUACAGCAACCGCCAACGCCGCAUGCCGCUGGUGGUGGUCCGCCACCCAGCAGCAGUCCGGGUCAUGCACCGAGUCCAUCGCCGCAGCCCUCUCAGGCAUCACCAUCGCCGCACCAGGAGCUGAUUGGACAAAAUAGUAACGAUAGCUCAAGUGGCGGAGCACACAGUGGCAUGGGCUCUGGUCCGCCUGGCACCCCAAAUCCACAGCAAGUGAUGAGGCCAACACCCUCGCCGACUGGCUCCUCGGGCUCCAGAUCAAUGUCUCCUGCAGUGGCACAAAAUCAUCCAAUCUCGCGACCGGCGAGUAAUCAGUCAAGUAGUGGCGGUCCAAUGCAGCAGCCAACAGUGGUUGGUGGCCCGCCACCGAUGCCACCACACGGUCUACCAGGUGGGCCACCAUCUCAGCAACAAUCUCAGCAGCAGCAACAGGCAUCAAAUUCAGCAUCUUCGGCGAGUAAUUCGCCGCAGCAGACGCCACCGCCAGCACCGCCGCCAAAUCAAAAUGUUAACAAUAUGGCAACGCCACCACCGCCCCCACAGGGGGCAACAGGUGGCUAUCCCAUGCCGCAACUUAUGCAUGCCAGCUACAAAAUGGGCAUACCCGGUCAAAAUCCCGGUGCACAAGGAUAUCCACCACAGCAAUAUCCUCAAGGCAACUAUCCGCCACGGCCUCAGUAUCCGUCGGGUGCGUAUGGAGCGGGGCCACCACCGCCGCCGGGCAGUCAACCGGCUGGUGGUGCGAACAGCAUGCCAUCCAACGCACAAACUGGCUACCCACGAUCCAUGCCCAAUCACAGCGGUGGCAGUCCACAUCCGCAGUAUCCGCCAUAUCAGUGGGUGCCGCCAUCCCCCCAACAAUCGGUGCCGGGUGGCGGUGCCGCGGGACAAAUUGGACCAGCGAUGGGCAACCAUGUGCAGGGCAAGGGUACACCACCGCCGGUGGGGCCACCGCCACCCCAAGGCAGUGGUUCGCCACGCCCACUCAACUAUCUGAAACAGCAUUUACAACACAAAGGUGGAUACGGCGCCAGUCCAGCUGGUGGUCCGCAGCCCCAGGGCUAUGGCAAUGGGCCAACUGGCAUGCAUCCCUCAAUGCCAAUGGGUCCGCCCCACCAUAUGGGUCCGCCACAAAGUAUGGGGCCACCGACCAGCACACCGCCACAGUCAAUGCUGGGCGUUCCGCCUGGCAGUGACAGCGGCACGGAGCAUAUAUCCCAGGACAAUGGCAUCAGUUCGUCGGGCUCGUCGCCAGCGACGGGAUUGCAUGCGGUAACCGCUGUGGUCACAACUGGACCGGAUGGCACCCCAAUGGAUGACGUUAGUCAACAGAGCACGCUCUCAAAUGCAUCGGCUGCAUCGGGCGAAGAUCCACAAUGUACUACACCAAAGUCGCGCAAACAUGAUCCGUAUAGCCAAAGCCAUUUAGCUCCACCGAGCACAUCGCCACAUCCAGUUGUAAUGCAUGGAGGCGGCGGUGGUCCAACUGGCGAGGAGUACGAAAUGAAUUCUCCCCCAAACUGGCCACGCCCAGCUGCAAGUUCGCAGGUGUUCAACAGUCAUGUUCCUGUUCAACAAGAACCGUUUCGUAGCACGAUUACGACAACUAAGAAAUCCGAUUCGCUGUGCAAACUGUACGAGAUGGAUGACAAUCCGGAUAGGCGUGGCUGGUUGGACAAGCUGCGCGCUUUUAUGGAGGAGCGUCGGACACCGAUUACCGCGUGUCCGACCAUCUCAAAACAGCCACUCGAUUUAUAUAGGUUAUAUAUUUAUGUAAAAGAACGUGGCGGAUUCGUCGAGGUGACCAAGAGCAAGACCUGGAAGGAUAUUGCCGGUCUGCUGGGGAUCGGCGCCAGCAGCAGCGCUGCGUACACCCUACGCAAACACUAUACCAAGAAUCUGCUGGCAUUCGAGUGCCACUUUGAUCGUGGCGACAUCGAUCCCUUGCCCAUCAUUCAGCAGGUGGAGGCGGGCAGCAAGAAAAAGACAACGAAGGCAGCCUCGGUGCCAUCACCAGGUGGUGGGCAUUUGGAUGCUGGCACAACAAAUUCGACAGGAUCAUCGAACUCGCAGGAUUCUUUCCCAGCGCCACCGGGUAGCGGUGCACCAAACACAAAUAUCGAUGGAUAUACGGGUUAUACGGGCGGUGGUGCAUAUCCACCAACGGCUGGUCCACAGCCAGAUUAUGCUGCAGCGGGCCAAAUGCCAAGGCCGCCAUCGCAAAACAAUCCGCAGGCACCACAUCCAGGCUCACCCUAUCCAACACAACCCGGUGCUUAUGGCCAAUAUGGUUCUGGCGAUCAGUAUAAUGCCGCUGGCCCGCCCGGCCAGCCAUUCGGACCAAAUCAGGGACAAUAUCCGCCGCAGAAUCGCAAUAUGUACCCUCCCUAUGGGCCCGAAGGGGAAGCUCCUCCCGCUGGUGCUAAUCAGUAUGGUCCGUAUGGUAAUCGACCCUAUAGUCAAGCACCGCCCGGCGGGCCACAGCCACCAGCACAAGCCGUUGCGGGCGGACCACCAACUAGUGGAGCGCCAGUAGCACCACCAAAUAGUGGUUAUGUACCAACCACUCCCAACCAGCAGGAUUACUACAGGGCGCCAGAUCAAAGUCCUCAGCCGCGACGACAUCCUGACUUUAUAAAGGAUCCACAGUCUUAUCCCGGAUAUGCUGCGCGGCCUCAAAUUUAUGGUGGUUGGCAAGGCGGCAACCAGCAGUAUCGUCCUCAAUAUCCCACAGCGUCAGCGCCCCAAUCGUGGGGCAAUGCACCACCACGGGGCGCUGCACCACCUGGGGGACCGCAUGGUCCGCACGGCCAGCAGCAGCCAGGCGUGGCACAGUGGGAACAGCAUCGUUAUCCACCACAACAGCCGCCACCACCGCCGCAGCAACAACAGCCGCCCUACCAGCAGGCUGGACAGCCGCCUGGGCAGCCCCCACAGCAGCAGCAACAGCAGCAGCAGCAGCAGCAACAACAACAGCAGCAGCAACAACAACAACAGCAGCAACAGCAGCCGGCACCACCACAGUGGGCGCAAAUCAAUGCGGUUCAGGGGCCACCACCAGGAGCGAAUAUACCGCAACCGGGUGCAUCACUGCGUCCGCCAAUGGGCGCCGCACAACAACAGCAGCAGCAGCAACAACAACAGCGUAUGCCUAGCGGAGUGCCAGUGAUGCCGCCACAGCAGCAGCCCGGUGGUCCGCCGGGUGCAGUGCCACAAGUGCCACACGGAGGUGUACCGCCAGCAGGUAUGCCGCCCGUUGCCGGUGGCAUGGUGAAGCCACCAUAUGCGAUGCCACCGCCAUCACAGGCGGGCGGCACCUCGCCCGGUGUGGUGGGGCCAAUGGUGGUGGGCAAUCCGCCCGGCGCCAUGAUACCGCAAAAGCAACCGCCCAUCGUUGGACAGCAGCAAGGAAUGCUGCAGCAGCCGCCACACCAGCAGCUGCCUAAUCAGCAGCAGCCGCCACACCAGCAGCUGCCCAAUCAGCAGCAGGUGCCACACCAGCAGCUGCCACCCAAUCAACAGCCAAAUUAUGCGCCGGUGCAAGUGCCACCAGGUGCUGCAGGUGCACAACUGGUGAAGAAGGAGCUGAUCUUUCCGCACGACAGUGUGGAGUCAACAACACCGAUGCUCUAUCGACGCAAACGCCUGACCAAAGUGGAUGUCUGCCCCGUGGAUCCGUGGCGAAUAUUUAUGGCGAUGCGUUCGGGUCUGCUCACGGAAUGCACCUGGGCAUUGGAUGUGUUGAAUGUGCUGCUGUUUGAUGACACCACCGUGCAGUUCUUUGGCAUAUCGAACUUGCCGGGUCUGCUAACGCUGCUGCUGGAGCACUUCCAGAAGAAUCUCGCCGAAAUGUUCGACGAGCGUUGCGAGGAUGCCACAAACAAUGACGAAGCGGCCAAUAACAAUGAUGACGAUGCGGACAGCGGCACCGUCAUGUCCCUGCAGAUGGAUGACAAACUGCAUCAGCGACAGCUGCAGCAGCAGCAACAGCAGCAGCGUCAGACAACGACGACGCGCUGUGUGCGCAGCAUCUGCAGCUAUAAUCGGAAGCGACACUAUGAGAACAUGGAUGUGAAACAGCAGCGCGAGGAUUCCGAUGAUGCGGACGAGGGCAUUGAUCUGGGCCAGGUGCGCGUACAGCCAAAUCCCGAGGAGCGUUCGCUUCUGCUCUCGUUCACGCCCAAUUAUACGCUGGUCACGCGCAAAGGUGUCCCGGUCCGCAUCCAGACCGCCGAUCACGACAUCUUUGUGGAUGAACGCCAAAAGGCAUGGGAUAUCGAUACGAAUAAAUUGUACGAACAACUGGAGCCGGUUGGCAGCAAUGCCUGGACAUAUGGCUUUACGGAACCGGAUCCACUUGAUGGGAUCAUCGAUGUGUUUAAAUCAGAGAUUGUUAACAUUCCAUUUGCGCGAUACGUGCGCUCCUCCUCCUCAUACUCCAAGCACAAGGGUGGCAAACCCGAAAUAACACAGAAAGCCACCACCAACAACAGCAACACCACCACCACCAACAACAACAACAAUAGUAGCCACCUGCGGACAGAGGAUAUAUCGACGGUGCUGCUCAAGCAGGAGGACACCACGAGCAGCAGCACCGAGGACAGCAGCCUACUCCAGCAGACGUACAACAAGAAGCGACGACUCGUCAGUAGUAGUGGUGGAGGUGGUGGCGACACCAAGAAAUCCAAACUGGCCGAUGGCGAUGAAUUCGCUCAGCCCACGGUGGAGGUGAAAAAGGAGGCGGCCGAUGGUGAUAACCUGACCGUGGACAGCGAUUGUCGUGCCAUCGACAUGGAAAUUGAAUCGCCACAGCAGCAGCAGCGACUCACAAACGGUGUCGCCUCACAGCCGAAGGGAUUCGAUCCGAAGUCAACGGUACGCGAUGAGGCGCAAGUGUUGCAGCGUCGUCGCGACUCUAGCUAUGAGGAUGAGUGCUAUACGCGCGACGAGGCCUCACUGUAUCUGGUGAACGAUAGCCAGGACUCGUUGGCCCGACGCUGCAUCGCCCUCUCGAAUAUCUUUCGCAAUCUGACCUUUGUGCCCGGCAACGAAACGGUGCUGGCGAAAUCGACAAGAUUUCUGGCGGUGCUCGGACGCCUGCUGCUCCUCAAUCACGAUCAUUUGCGGCGUACGCCCAAGACGCGCAACUAUGACAGGGAGGAGGACACAGACUUCACCGACUCGUGCAGUUCGUUGCAGGGCGAGCGGGAAUGGUGGUGGGAAUACUUGAUAACCAUACGCGAGAAUAUGCUGGUGGCCAUGGCGAAUAUCGCUGGACAUUUAGAGCUGUCACGCUACGAUGAAUUGAUUGCCCGUCCACUCAUCGAUGGCCUGCUCCACUGGGCGGUCUGUCCCAGUGCGCACGGCCAGGAUCCGUUUCCGUCUUGCGGUCCCAAUUCAGCGCUAUCCCCACAGCGUCUCGCCCUCGAGGCGCUGUGCAAGCUGUGCGUGACCGAUGCGAAUGUGGAUUUGGUGAUUGCGACGCCGCCGUUCUCGCGACUCGAGAAACUGUGUGCGGUGCUCACGCGUCACUUGUGCCGCAACGAGGAUCAAGUGUUGCGCGAAUUCUCCGUCAAUUUGCUGCAUUAUCUGGCAGCGGCAGACAGUGCAAUGGCCAGAACGGUGGCCCUACAAUCGCCGUGCAUCUCGUAUCUGGUGGCAUUCAUUGAGCAGGCGGAACAAACGGCGCUGGGCGUUGCCAAUCAGCAUGGCAUCAAUUAUCUGCGCGAGAAUCCCGACUCGAUGGGCACCAGCCUGGAUAUGUUACGACGAGCAGCCGGCACCUUGCUGCACCUGGCCAAGCAUCCCGACAAUCGUUCACUGUUCAUGCAACAGGAGCAGCGUCUGCUUGGCCUCGUCAUGUCGCACAUUCUGGACCAGCAGGUGGCGUUGAUUAUAUCGCGGGUGCUCUAUCAAGUGUCUCGUGGCACUGGACCAAUGCAUUCAGUCGAAUACAGAUUGUUGCAGCAGCGACAACAACAACAGCAGCAACAACAACCAUCGGAUGUUAAAGCGUGCAGUGCUAAUGCAGCUGCAACUGCUGCUGCUGCUGCUACCAACACACCAACAGCAGCAGCAACGGCAGUAGCAGCAGCAGCAGCAACAACAACAACAACAACAAACGCUGUUAUCAACGAUGACAACAGUAAUAGCAGUCAACAAUUGCCACCGGCUGCCACCUUCAACGAUGUGAGCAACAGCAGCACGAACAGCAACAGUUGCGGUACAGUCAGCAGCAAUCAGACGAACAGCAGUAGCCUUGGCAGCAGCAGUCAGACGACAACGCUCAACAAUUUGAUAACGCCGAGCGAACAGCAACAGCAGCAGUCGCAGCAGCAAGUGGUUAAACUGUCAACUGCCUCCCCCUCGUCAGCGACGUCGUCUUCCGCAUUGACAGCGAACACGUUGAGCAACAUAAAUGCAGCAGCAGCAGCAGCAGCGGCAACAGCCACAUCGAAUUCAACACAACAACAGCAACAAGCAACAGCACAACAACAACAAUCAUCGACGGCGGCGGCAGCAGCAGUGGCACAACAAACGGCUACACCACCGCCAACAAAUGCGAAUACAACCGCCGCCGUUGCGUAGUAUACAACAAUGCUGCCAGCAACGUCUUACUAUUGGCAACGUGAUGAAAUUUGCAAAAGAAACUAAAAUCCAAUAAAUAACGAAAACAUUGAAAUGAAUGCGUACAAUGGAUGUGGAAGUGGAUAUGGAUGUAGGUAUAGAUAUGGAGAUAUGCAUAUAUAUCGUAUAUCAAAUCUUGUAAAUUAACAAACACACAAAACUGAAUAAGGGAUACGAUGAUGAUGAUGAUGACAUUGUUGGUGCGUCUUUUAAAGCGAAUCACUUAUGUACUAUGUAGCAUAGCCACAAAUUGUAUAUGCUAAAAGUAAUAUUAUUCUUGACAUUCAUAAAUCAUCAGGAAUAAUAAUAACAACAAAAAACACAGCAACAACAACAAGAUGAAGAACAA